AAGUUGCAGUCUUGAAUUUAUCUUCAUCAUAUUUUUUUAUCACUAAAAUAUUAUAGAAAAAGUUAUUAAACAAAUAAAAAAUUAAAUGAAUCAAUGAAAAUAAAAUUUUCAUUUGUGUUAUUUGAUAAAUGAACUACAUAAUUUAUCUAAAAAUUUAAAAAUGAUUUAGUUUUAUUGAAAGUUGCGAUGUUAAGAAUCUAUUUUUAUAUCGUGUCAAAUGCAACCUAGAAAAAUUAGUUGAAUUAGUGAUCAAUGAAUAGACUCAUUAAUUAGACAAUGUAAAAGCUGAGCGAAAAUUCACAAUUAACUAUGAAAUUUAACAAAAAAAAAUUUCUUUAUAGAACAACGUUUUUAUCGAUUAAAUCUGUUAAUUUUUGUCUUUUUAAGUGUAUUUUUUUUCUGUUUAUAUGCAUAAAUUUUUCAUAUGGAAAUCACUUAAAUAAUACAAUAGCACGAAAUGAAUUUGUUAAUCAAUGUCGGCGUGAUUGUAUCAUUAAGAGGGAUGUUGUGGGUUGUGGAAAAUACCGAGUUGUUAAAUGGCUUUAUGAAGUUGUACGUAAAAAGGAGCUAAGUUAUGGACCAUUCAGAGUUAUUAAAAUACCAGCAACAACUCAGAAUCCAAUUUUUCCCGAAAUACCAAAAACACGAGAUCUCAAAUUUCUAUUUGGUGAAACGUUAAAUUUUUUUAGAAAUAUUGGUGAUGAUUUUAUCAGACGACGAGCAGUGGUUUAUACGUUUAUUCCUUCAUCAAAAAAUUUUAGAUCAUUUGAAAAUGGUCCUCUUAUUGUUGAUGAGGAUGAACUUUCCAGUAUUCAAAAAGGAGACUCAGAUGAUUCUGGCUGGAGAUUAUUUCACAAGAAGAAAAAAUCAGUUAUUCUACCAGUUUUAAUACUUUUAAAUUUGUUAAAAUUAAAGCUGCUGAUAAUACCUAUAUUAUUUGGUGUACAUUUGAUUAAAAAAUUAAUUAUCAUUGGUGGAUUGUUUGUACCUGGUAUUUUAUCAAGAUUAAAAAUUUGUAAAGUACCACAUCAUCAUCAUCCUUAUCAUGCUUGGGCAACUGGUGCUGAUGCACCUGUUGAUUAUCCAACAGGCCACGGUUAUGAUGAUGUCGGCUGGUCUCAUCGGAAUGACUUACUACCAGGACCUGGAUAUAGCUAUCCACAAAAUUAUCAACUACAGUCACCGUACUCACCAUAUUAUCGACAAAGGCGAUAAUAAUAGUAUUUUAGGAACCUUAUAAGUGUAAUGCUAUUAAUAAUUUUUAUCGAA